CACAAACGGAACAGACGAACUGGUCUUCCACUCUAAUUCAUUGCCUUGUUCUUCUCGCAUCUCAGUAUUUCAACUUAUAAUAGACACAAAGAACGCGACACAAAGACACAAACAUGGCCACUCCUCACCAAGAACAAGACACCACUCCAUCCUCCUCUUCACCCUCCUCUUCCUCCUCCUUACUCCGUCUAAGCGGCCUCAAAACCACCCAGCUCCCCUCCCCCACCGCCCCGGCCGAGGCCCUCCAACCUUUCCUCACCUCCCUCCUCCAAGAAGCCAUCCCCCUCAUCAGCUCCGCGUCCCCUCCUCCUCCUCCUCCUCCUCCUCCUUCUCCUCCCAGCGGCCCGGCCAACCCCAAACCACUCUGGAAACCCAAAGGCACCAAGACCUUUGCCGAGUCCACAGCGCCUGUCCACCUCACCGAGAGAACCAUUCCUUCUUCUUCUUCUUCUUCUUCUUCUUCUUCUUCUUCUUCUUCUUCUUCUUCUUCUUCUUCGUCCUCUACCAAAGGCGAUACUUGGGCCUGCCGCCGCUCGCUGCACGCCGACGCCCCGCGCAAGGGAACAGCGUCGUGGGCCGAGUUUGUGCGGUGUAUCCGGGAUGAGCACGCUGCGACCGAGGAGGCGUUUACGCCGACUGUCGUGGGGCAUCGGGUUGGGGUGCGCUGGGAGGGCGCGGCCGGGCUGGGGCCGGUGGAGAUGGAGGUGGAAGCAGGAGCAGGAGCAGGAGGAAGAGAGAAGAGGUGGUGGGGUGGGUUUCGGAUGGUGGUGGUGGAGAUGAUGCACAAGGUCCCUGCGCCCUUGAAGAAGCGCGUGUUUCCUGUCUUGCAGGUCAUCUGCUCUGCGUAUGCUGGUCGUGGGGAGGCAGGAGAGGAGAAGGAGGAAGAGGAGUUUCUGGUGAUCAGCGUGCCGGUUUCAGACUGGGGGAGCAGUACUGCGGAGGGGGAGGGGGAGGAGUGGAAAGGGCGGGCGGAGCUGAGUGCCGAGAAGGGGGUUGUGGUGGGUGCGUAUACGGGAGAAGGAGGAGGAGGAGGAGGAGGAGGAGAGCAGGGACAGAUCGAGUGGGUUAUGGCUACGGCGAGUGAUGCCAAGGGGGUCCUGCCCAUGUGGGUGCAGACGAGGGCGGUGCCUGGGGCCAUUGCCAAGGAUGUCAGCUUGUUCCUUGGGUGGCUUGAUAGAGAGAGGGGGGAAGACGAGUGUUGA